AUGGGCCACAUAGAAGAAGUGUGUAAGGGUAAUUUAGGCAAUCUUGCAGAGGAACCAAUUUGUGAAGAUAUUGAUGGACAACAAAGUGUAAGACUCGAUGAAUUGGAAGCAUUUACAGAUGAUAAUUCAACUUAUGCUGACUUUGAUGCCGAGUACAAUGUACAAAAUGGUGAAGACAAUCAAGUAGAAAUGGAAAUUCUAGAGGGCAUGAUAAGUGAUGAUAGUGGAGAUGCUUUCUAUAGUCAUAAUGAAGAUGGUUUUGAUUAUAGUGGAGAUGAUUAUGAUGUUAGUGACUACAUUGUACAUGAGUCUAACUUGCAAUUUGAUGUAGAUGUAGACAUAAGUGAAUUCCAAACUGCUGUGGAUGUAGAUGAACAUGGAAUUUUAAACAAGCAAACCAAAAGUAUAGGUAAUGACAUAGUUGAUGAAGAGUUGUAA